AUGGCUACUCUGGGCGCGCAUGCUGUUCUUCCUCCUCCAUUAACAUCCACCUCCGAUCCACCUCCUCUUUUUGAUGGCACCACCAGGUUGUACAUCAGUUAUUCUUGCCCCUUUGCACAACGUGUCUGGAUAACUAGGAACUACAAGGGACUACAAGACAAGAUCAAAUUGGUUCCUAUUGAUCUUCAAAAUAGGCCAACUUGGUAUAAGGAGAAAGUCUACCCUGAAAACAAGGUGCCAUCAUUGGAGCACAAUGGAAAGGUAUUGGGAGAAAGUCUUGAUUUGAUCAAAUAUGUAGAUGUGAACUUUGAAGGGACACCUUUGUUUCCCAGUGAUCCUGCCAAGAAAGAGUUUGGUGAGGAAUUGAUAUCCCAUGUUGAUACAUUCACCAAAGACCUGUUCAUUUCAUUGAAAGGAGAUGCUGUGCAGCAAGCCAGUCCUGCUUUUGAAUACUUGGAGAAUGCUCUUGGUAAAUUUGAUGAUGGGCCAUUCUUGCUUGGUCAAUUCAGUUUGGUGGAUAUAGCAUAUAUUCCAUUUGUUGAAAGAUUUCACAUUGUCUUUGCUGAGGUGUUGAAACAUGACAUCACAGAAGGAAGGCCUAAACUUGCAGCAUGGCUUGAGGAACUGAACAAGAUUGAUGCUUAUACAGAGACAAGAAUUGAUCCACAAGAAAUCAUUGAUCUUUUCAAGAAACGUUUUCUGAAAAAGCCAAACUUGGUUGGACGUAGAGACUCUCCUGAUUCUGUCCAUCCAAUCCUGAAGGCACAGGGAAGAACGACGUCAAUGGCAACUCUUGGCGUGCAAGCAGUUCGUCCUCCUCCGUUAACAUCCACCUCCGACCCACCUCCACUUUUUGAUGGCACCACUAGGUUGAUUCCAUGUUGUACAUCAGUUAUUAUUGCCCCUAUGCUCAACGAACUACAAGACAAGAUCAAAUUGGUCCCUAUUGAUCUUCAAGACAGGCCAGCUUGGUAUAAGGAGAAAGUCUACCCUGAAAAUAAGGUGCCAUCAUUGGAGCACAAUGGCAAGGUAUUGGGAGAAAGUCUUGAUUUGAUCAAAUAUGUAGAUGCCAACUUUGAAGGGACAAGUUUGUUUCCUGGUGAUCCUGCGAAGAAAGAGUUCGGUGAAUUCCUAAUAUCCCAUGUUGAUACAUUCAAUAAAGACAUGUACUCGUCAUUGAAAGGGGAUGCUGUACAGCAAGGCAGUCCUGCCUUUGAGUACUUGGAGAAUGCUCUUGGUAAAUUUGAUGAUGGGCCAUUCUUUCUUGGUCAAUUCAGUUUAGUGGAUAUUGCCUAUAUUCCUUUUUUUGAAAGAUUCCAACUUAUCUUUGCUGACGUGUUCAAACAUGACAUCACAGAAGGAAGGCCAAAACUUGCAACAUGGAUUGAGGAGGUGAACAAGAUUGACGCUUAUACACAGACAAGAAUGGAUCCCCAGGAAAUCGUUGAUAGAUACAAGAAACGUUAUCUGUGA